CUAAAGACUUUCUCUUUUUUUUUUUUCUUGUAAGAUUUUUCUCUUACCUUGUUAGCAUUCUAACAAGUAUGUGCAUUUUAUCGGACGCUUUCGUGUAUUAUGCCAAAGCCGAUCCCAAGAAAUUCAUACUAUGUGCGCAUCCCCUUUCGAUAAGUUUUCUAUUCGCGGGAACCGUGUUCUUUUUCACUUGGGAGGUAUUCUACUUGUUGCCCGACUUGAUCGGAACGGAGGGCUGGCUCUACAAGGUCAGCUGGAUCGUGUCCCCGUUUUUAGUCUAUAAUAUCUGGGCCAACAUGCUGGCCUGCUACCGGACGGACAGCUCAGUGGCGAGUCUUCCCAAGGAUCGCCUGGUUCCCGAUCCUAAUGAGAGGCACCUGUGGCACCACUGUGAGGAUUGUGAGCAAUUGGUGCCGCCACGAUCCUGGCACUGUAAGUUCUGCAAGUGCUGCAUCCUGAAGCGAGACCACCACUGCAUCUUUACGGCCAAUUGCAUUGGGCACAACAACCACCGGUACUUUUUCUGGUUCACCUUUUAUGUGACCUUGGGAACUGCCGCGGCCUUAGUCACCAACUUCAUAUACAUGCUUAAACAUAAUAAUUGGCACCACGGUCCAGCCUGGAUCUUCAAUUUAUAUAUCUUUAUAUCCGGAUCGAACUCGCCCUUAAUGGUAUACGAUUUGAAUCAGAACGUUGUCUUCUCAUUCAACGUGUUCUGCGUGGCAGCUGCCGGCCUCAUGUUGCUUUCCCAAACUAUCAUCGUCUACCGAAAUGCGUCCUAUUACCAAAGAGACGGAAGAUAUGAUCUAGGGGUGCGGCAAAACAUUAAUCUUUUAAUGGGAGAAGCUGGCCUGUGGACUUUCCUUUCGCCUUCUGUUAAAAGCCCAUUGCCCCAUGAUGGCGUCCAGUGGCAACUAAAUGAGAGCUUCAAAGAAAAAAUAAUGGAUCAUAAUAUUUAUAAGACAAGAACUACUACAGAAAGCAAUUAGUAUUUUUAUAAAAAUUGUAUUGUGAUGGUAUUGUAUUGUGAUUUAUAUAUUGUAAUAAAACGGUUUAACAUCUUA